AUGCCGGACGAGCCUACCGAUCGGACGGACACCAAUGAUAUCAAGACGGGGAAUCAGACUGGCACCAAGGAUAUCGAGCCGAAAACGGAAAAUCAAACCAAGAUCCAACUCGAUCAAGGCCAGAUCAAACUCGAUCCCGGCGAAGAACCCGACGCAAAGCUCCCGAUUUGCCCGACUGAGGGCGUCGAACAACGAGAUCCGCCGGCAGAAGGAGCCACAGCGACCACCCCGCAGGGUGCCGAGGACGAUGAGGAGAUAUACUACCAUGACAGCGGCGAUCUCUCAGCGGAAGAUCUUGAAGGAAACCUGGCUGUCCUCCCCGAAAUCCCGAUCUCGACGACCGCCAAGGCGAGCAUUGAGGAUCUGCAGGUGGGAGACUCCGGAUCGGCCACACCCGAGGAGAUCGAGAGGCUCCGGCAGAAUAUCUGGAAGAAGGAACGCCUUAACCCCGGCGGCCAAGGGCGUCGUAUGCGAUAUCGAUGUUGGAAACGCGAAGCCGAUCGCACUGCGAACCCGGAAAGUGCCCACGCGAUUUCGCGAAAAGGCCUGAUCAAGGGCCUCCUGGCAGCCGAGAUCAUCCGACCCUCGACAUCGUCAUGGGCCUCACCGAUCGUGAUUGUUCGCAAAAGUAACGGUGUGGAUAUCAGGUUGUGCAUUGACUACAAGUUGGUAAACAGCCUCACGAGAUUGAUGGUCUAUCCUAUGCCCCUAAUCAGCGAUCUGCUAGAAGAUUUGAUAAAGCACUAUGGUACUGUUCGCUGGAUAUGGCCAGUCGUGCCCAUGACGGAUCGGGCUCGCGAGAUCUCAGCAGUUAUCACCCCGUUUGGAUUAUUCGAAUGGAGUCGCAUGCCUUUUGGCCUAAAGAAUGCCCCGCAGAUUUAUCAACGCCUCGUAGACAACGCGAUGUAUAGAUUUUUGAAGAUCUCGCGAUCAAGCGACGCCGGGGCUACAACGGAUGUAUUCCAGAUAGGGAUCGCGGACGAUCCUGAUCGCGAGUCAGUAUUGGGACGGAGAUCAUACAUCGACGAUAUCAUGAUCGCAGCGGAAUCGUGGGAUCAAAUGUGCCGAAGAGUGAAAGAUCUGUUGGAAUCUUGUGAUAAGUGGAAUUUGUCGAUCAGUGUAGCCAAGAGUUUUUGGGGCAUGGAUAAGGUAGGAUAUCUGGGACACCGAGUGUCGAUCGGAGGUUUGGAGGCGAACCCAAAAGAUCUGAAAUCCCUAAACGAUCUACCGUUCCCCGGAUCACAUCGAUCUAUGCAGUCGUUCCUGGGUAGUUUGAAUUACUACAGCCGAUUCAUUGAAGACUACGCUAUCUAUGUUUCGGUGCGCUAUGAAUUACGCGAGGUGGAGUUUGCAGAACUGGAGAAACGAUAA